AUGGCAGCGUCAGCAUUACAAACCAUAGAGAAGAGGUUUUUGACGUUGAAAUCCUCAUAUGGUGAUGUGUUUGAAUUGUAUGAAUCCAUUUCCAUUAAGUCAUUGACGAUCAAGAAAAUGGUUGAAGAUGGACGCGUCAUUGGCAUCAUCCCACUCUUUAAAGUUAGCACAGAAAUCCUAGCCACGAUCAUUAAAUACCGCAAAAUGCAUCACUUAACAUCAAACCAAAAAGAAACAAAUAAUUACGACAAGGGAUUUGUGGAUACUAGCUUCAAAACCCUCUUUAACGUCUUAUCAGCCGAAAAUUUCCUCGACAUCAAGGGUCUGCUCGAUUUGGGCGUUCAGGCAGUAGGUGACAGGAUCAAGCAUAAGUCGCUGAGGCUGUUCAAGAGAUAUUUAAUAUUAUUAGUGAUUUCACACCAUAGAAGAAAAUGA